AUGGCAGCCAAAUCACCUGUUGUUCUCAUUCUCGGCUACGGCGCCAAUAUUGGCCAGUCCGUUGCUCGCAAGUUCAGCUCUCAAGGCUACAGAGUUGCAGUCGCAGCGCGCUCUGUCAAAGAAGCAGACAGCACUGAUACCCACCUCAAUAUCCCGAGUGACUUUACCAAGACAAACGAUAUCGUGAACGCCUUUGAUAAGGUCAAGAAGGAAUUUGGCAUUCCCAGCGUGGUUGUAUAUAAUGCUAGCGCAGGAAACUUCAGCCCGGCCAAAGAUCCUUUUGAUAUACCUUUUGAAGACUUCAAUAACAACAUGACCAUCAACAUCCGCAGUCCCUUUAUCGCCGCCCAGCAAGCAGUCGCUGGCUUCGCGCAGCUUCCUGAGUCUGCGUCCCGCACGUUCAUCUACACGGGUAACGUCCUCAAUGUUGCCAUGCUUCCUCAGUUCAUGGCUGCUGGUAUUGGCAAGUCAGGUGCUGCGCAUAUGAUUUGGAAUGCUUCAGCAGCAUACAAAGAUCGCGGUUACAAGUUCUACUACGUUGAUGAGCGCAAGCCCGAGGGUGGACCGAUUUAUCGCGUCAAUGGAGAUGCGCAUUGGGAGAUGUACUGGAACUUGAGCCAGGACAAGGAGCAGGGUGAAUGGUUGCAGACCUUUGUCAAGGGAGUAGGAUACAAGAAGUUUGACACUAUCUACACACCUUUGAACUAG